AUGCAGUCCGCAGAAGCUGCAAUCAACCAGCCCAAUGAUGAAUACGAAGAAAAGAAUGUCCACGAGGUGUAUCAGCAGAUCGCGAAUCAUUUCUCCGCGACUCGUUACAAGCCAUGGCCAAUUGUGGAACAGUUUCUCAAGGGAUUAGCUCCAGGUGCGAUUGGUUUGGACGUGGGAUGCGGCAAUGGUAAAUACCUGUCUGUGAAUCAGGAUGUUUUUAUCGUGGCUUCCGAUCGGUCGGAAAAUCUCGCCCGAAUCGCUGUAAAACACCAACCGCAUUCAACAAUCGUCGCGGACAUUCUGAAUCUGCCACAUCCAGAUUCGUUUUUCGACUUUGCCCUAUCAAUUGCCGUGAUCCACCAUUUGUCCACUCCUGAUCGGAGGAUUCAAGCUAUACGCGAGAUUCUGCGCACGUUAAGGCCUUCCAAACCUAAUGCACCUGGCGGAAAGGCUCUUCUCUAUGUCUGGGCACUAGAGCAGAAGACCAGUCGAAGGGGUUGGGAUAAAGGCGACCAACAGGAUGUGAUGGUUCCGUGGGUUUUCAAGCAAAAGCCCUCCGAAGGUGAUUCAGGUGCGCAGCCGCAAGUAUACCAUCGGUACUACCAUCUCUUCGAGGAAACGGAGCUAGAGCGUGAUAUCAAAGCGGCGGGUGGUUUUGUCCUCGAGUCAGGUUAUGACAGGGAUAAUUGGUGGGCAAUCGCGGCUCGAUAA